UGCAUUGUUUCGUCUGCGGCUCGACAAUACACUCCUACCAUUUCACGCACGGCUCGGCGACUCUCAUUGUAUCUAUCACAGAAUACGUCAGUUGCAUAAGAGGGCAUUCUAUUCCAGCGACCAUUGAAGCUUUUAUUCCGCAUGGACAAUACCAGUAGUUGAAUACAAUACACAAUACCAGCUGGGUGUUUAAUACUGGGUGAAGUUUGAAAUUGACUGCUGCUGUGAGGACACGGGACCUUAGGUUGGCACGUUGAUAUCCGGUUUGAUCUCCGCGUGGAAAGACGUCUCACUAGGUCUACGAGGGUUUUUUUUUCAGGUGUGACCCCCCUCUGUUCUAUUUGAUGUAGGUGUAUAUACAAGGUGUGCAGGUGAUGGAAAACACACGAGUCAACACAGCUUGAAUUGACAGACACAUUCUCCAGUGGUAGUGGAGAACUGGACUCACUGUUAAUAAGCACAUGAAGUCGUUGAUGUUACAGGGGAGUGAAGUGGAGCCCCCCUUUUAUAUGUUGACAGUCUGACGGUCGGACAAUCAGUGGAUAUGCAGACUAAGGGGACAUGGCGCCCAACAAGGUGCAGCCUGCGGGAGAUGACGGUGGUUUGCCUGGUGGUGUUUGUUAGUGCCUCACUUUACCUUGCCAUUUACUCGGAAAAAAGCUCGCCAUUCAAGGUACACGUGUUGCCGUUAAUCAAACAGUCAGGCGAUGUCGUAAAAUGGAGUAACAUCUCCUUCAAGGAAUUGCCGAAGGUCUUCACUUGUGAAAGAUGGCUUGUUGCGGAUACCGGGAAAUAUCCCUCCGCUCAACGAAUAAAAAAUGUCCUUGAUAAACUACAGGUUCCAUGGUGUGCUAUUUUUGUGUCAGAAACUUUCACGCGGUCUUAUACAUUAAAAUUCCCACAGGGGAAUCAGUACCGCUUGCAUAUAUUUGUACCAAACAAACAAAACGGUACAAUGUACGUAACAGAUGCGGCGAAAUACGCCACUAUUCUCAAGUACCACGUGAGUAGAAAAACAAUUGGCUAUUUAGUAGCUAUAGCCAAAGGUGCGAGGAUGAUUUAUGACGACGAUGAAGAAAUUGGACACGAAUGGCUGGCCUCUAGCCCGCCUCUUGAUAACAAAGGUGCUGAUAUCCCUUUUGUUAUACCAGCAGGUAAAGUGAAUUUUUGGAACCCUUUUUCAUAUUUUUACUUCAAAAAAGACGUUUGGCCAAGAGGUUUUCCAGAAGAGGUGUCGAGACGCCCUGCCUGCAAUGCUCCUCCGGUGCCAUACGCAUUGCGGAAUUCAAGCGUAUUACUUGUUCACUAUCUCAUAGAUGGGUAUGCCGAUGUGCCGGAAGGAAUUCUCAAGUCGCCAUUGAAAUUCAAUAAAUCUGUUGGGGGCCCUGUGGAAAUACAAGAAGGAACAUUUGUGCCAUAUAGCCAGCAUUCAACGCUACAUAUGUAUGAUGUAUUUUGGGGGCUUCUGGUACCCACCACAUGCGAGAAGUCGAUAUGUGAUAUUAUUCGUGGUUAUAUAACUCAAAGACUUCUGUGGGAUAUCAACGGUAGCAUGACGGUCUCACCGCCCUGGACUAAGAGAACGACUCCAUCCCGUCGAACAUCGGGACAAAACUCUCAGUCUAAGGACACAACACUGAUCAAACUGACCAAUCUUUUACUGGCGUGGUCCAGCAACUCAACGUCAAUAGAUAAGAGGCUAAAAGAACUGUAUCUGUAUUUAUUCGACAAAGGGAUCAUUUUGAAAGAAGAUCUGGCAAUAUUAGACACUUGGAUACAGUUGCUGAAGACAGCUGGGUAUGUCUUCCCGCGAGCCCACGUACCAAGCUGGGCCGAAAGACUGGCGAUGCCCAAACCUUGGGACGACGUUAGGUUGUGUGUUCAUUUCAAUCACAUUCCCGGCGAGCAAGCAUUUACAACACUGUAUCAAAUGUACAGCAGACAUUUUAAGGAGAUAACAUUCACGGGAGAAGGCGCUACUCAGCCGUUUAUGGAUACAAGCGUUCCUUUCCUGCCGUGCACGGACAAGGAACAAGAAGGUGGCAAGUUUCUGCACCGCUGUCUUCUAAAACAUCUCACCUAUGAAGGGUUUGGAAACAAAAAUACGUCUUUCCUUUUCGUCAGUGAUGAUACCUUCUUUAAUCUUUCAUCUUUUUUGUCCUAUCGCCGAGACGCCAUGUGGAUAUUGGGUCCCAUAGAAACAUACGACAUAAAUAUCACGUGGCCAGACGGGUGGAUGUGGUGGCCGCAAACGUACGGUGGCGCCGCUUUGCGGAAAAUCAUCGAUAUUAUGCCUGAAGCGUGGAGGGAAGGCUUGGCUCACGUGAAAAAUUGGACCAAAACAGGAAAGCGACUGAUAUCUAAGUAUAACGCAGACACUGUAUUCAUUCCAAAUAACAGAUACCGGGCACGAGUUAUUGAGGUUUUGAAGUGGAUGACGGGGCCUGACAUUCCGCGUUUAUUUGCUGAAAUUGCCGUGCCAUUAUUAGUUGACCUAACCACGGAGAAGGCAGAUCGAUCAGACGUCAUUCCGAUGAAGAACAGUUAUCCAUGGUCGGAUCUCGGUGCAGCGCUUCAGCGGCGGUCGUGCAAUUUACUACACCCCUUAAAAUUGUCCAAAGAUAGUGAUAGGAUUACGUGGCUCUCCAUGUUUAAAAGCGUUGAGAACCUUUUACAGACACCCCUUAAGCUGCAAAAGAAUUAGUUUUCAAUAUGUUUAAAUAAAUUUGGCAUUAUCAAAUAUAACUUAUGUGUUCACUGCCGUUAAAUUUUGACUGCUACCUGCUUUGAACCAACUGUAAACAUCACAUUGCUUUCUCUGCGAAUUAACUUUUAAGUCAAAUAAAAUUGGCACAGUUGACCACGAGUGUAUGGGCUACAAUCAAGUGCCUAUAUUUUGGUUUAAGUGUUUUUGUUAUGGAGUUAUGAGCCCCUUAUUAUAGAUUUUCAUUAAACGUAUUAUUUUGCUUUAUCAACGAUAAA